AUGUUAAUUCCAAGAGUUUCAUCCAAAUUAAUUCAACGGCUCCAACUUCUUGAUUCGAACUUCGAAGAUAACUUUACAACGGGCAUUCUUUUUCUAUACACUAAUGAUCUUUAUAGGGCUGAUUUCCUACGUUUAACUAAAACGAUGAAGCGACAAGUUUCAUUUCUUAAUGUAGCUGAAGUUUUUAACUUAUUUCCAACUGAAUUCGAUGCUUGUAAGACAAAAACAUCUUAUCGUGUAAGAGGAAAAUGGAAUUAUUUGCUUAUGAUAAGAUUUUGGUUUAAAACUCUAUUUGAAUUACCUCAAUUACAACAGUAUGAUUACAUUAUGAGACUCGACGAUGAUUCGAAACUACUCGGUCGUUGGUUCAAUGUUUUUGAUGAAAUGCGUCGAAAAAAUGCAGUUUAUUUUGCAAAUGAUAUUGAUGUAGACUUAGAAACACAACUGCCUGGUACAAUGAAUAUGAAACAAGUGACAUCUGAUUACAUAAAAAAAAAUAAUAUUCAUCCAAAGCAAAUGAAUAUGUUGAAUCAAGCGUUUAAUAACAAUACAGUUUGGAAUUAUUUUAAUAAUUUUGAAGUAUCAAAAGUUGAAUUCUUUCGACGUAGAGAAGUUCGCCACUGGGUGGACACUAUUGAUUCUACGCAUGGUAUUUUUAAAUAUCGAUGGGGUGAUGCAGUUUUGCGGUAUCUUACUAUGGCUCUAUUUGCUGAAUCACAUGAAGUAUUGCAUAGACCUGCCUAUAAUUUGCCAUAUUGUCAUAAAUGUCUAUGA